UCCCGUGACGGCGGCGGGAGCGGAGCGGGGGGUCCGUCCAUAGGGGAUCGUCUAUAGGAGACCGUCCAUAGGGGACCAUCCAUAGGGGAUCGUCCAUCGGGGGAGAUCUGGUGCUGCCGCGGGGUGUCCUGUGGAAGGAGCGGGGAGUACCCGGCCCCUUCUCCGAUGCGUGGUCCCCUCCUGGGGUCCAUGGGGGGCGCGGGGGGGCCCCUGGCCCGCACCAUCCGUGCCAAGCUGACGGCGGCCCUGCAGCCCACGCACCUGGAGGUGCGGGAUGACUCCCCCCGCCACGGGGGCCCCCCCGGCGCCGAGACGCACUUCGGGGUGCUGGUGGUGAGCGGGCGAUUCGCGGGGCUGCCCCCGCUCCAGCGGCACCGCCUGGUGCACGAGGCUCUGCGGGCAGAGCUGGCCGGGCCCCUGCACGCCCUGCAGGUCAUCGCCCGCACCCCCGAGCAGUGGCAGAGCGACACCCACGUUCCCCCGCCGCCCCCUUGCUUGGGGGGCUCCAAGCGGGAGCGACGCCGUGGGGACGGGGGGGAAGCACCGGGGCAGCAGUGACAGCCCGGAGCCCCCCCACCCCCACCGCUCCCGGGACCCCCAACCCUGGUGUCAGCACAGCAGAUCUGGAGCCUGGAGUUCAGAGGGGGGGAAAAGUAAUGGGGGUGGCACACCCCCCCCCCAUCAUGCUCUGCCCCGACCCCCCACCCCACCCUCGGCUCCCCAUCACGCCAGCCUGAACCCACUCAACCACCCCCCAGCUACCACCCUAGGGGAAUUUUUGGGGUGUCCCUCCCAUUUAAUGUCUGAAUUAACUUAAAUAAACGUGUUCCGAGGGCA